GAUGUCAUUGAUAAGUACCUCUGGAGCCGACCACCUUCCGCCUAUCAGCCAGGCUAAAGAGUGUAAAACGCUCUUUGGAUUUCUUCACACCAAACCCUCCUCUGUUCUUCGCUGCGGACCGACUCGACUCUGCUCCGAGAGGUAAACAAGCCGGACUUUAAACCGCGGUGCUUUAAAUGUGUGUGUAUCCCCGGGAGCUCCGGAGCGGCCUUGUUUACAUCUCAAUCCCCGGACUAGAUCUUUUGCGUUUUCUUCUCCGCAGAUUGUUCUAGAACCGGCUUUCCAAAUGAGUGACGGGGAGUGCGACUUCUUCUGUUUCUUCCGCUGCUGCUGAGAGCGCUCUCCCAGCGCCUCAGACAGACAGGAAGGCAGGGUGUCUCCAAACAGUGACUCCCGCAGGUGGAGAGGUGGAGGGGGGGGCUGUGGGGUGGAGCUUCUGCAGAACCAUUACAGCUAAUUGGCCCGCUGGGAUCCGACAGGUAGGCGAGCCGUCUACCUGUCCGGGUGAUUGAUUCAGUCGACUGGAUGUCCGUGGACAUGAACAGCCAGGCGUCAGACAGCAACGAGGAAGACUUCGGAGUGAACUCUGAAGAGGAAGAGGAUGAGGACGACGGGGGAGAAGAGGAGGAUCAGGUGGACAUCGCCUCCUACUACGAGGGAGUGGCCAGCGACGUGGAGCAGCAGGGCGCCGACUCCUUCGACCCGGAGGAGUACCUGUUCACCUGUCUGACCUACAAAGAGAGUCAGCGGGUGCUGACGGACGAGGUCAACACUGUGGCUGCUGCGCUGAAGGUUUCACCAGCAGUAGCAAAAUUGAUCCUGGUGCAUUUUCACUGGCACGUUUCACAAAUAUUGGACAGAUGUAAGUCCAACUCGUCUCUGCUUUUGUCGGACGCCCUGGUCCAGCCCAGCAGCGCCUGCAGAUCAGUCACUGCCCCUCAGUCCCUCCAGUGUGGUGUUUGUCUACAGAUUGUACGGAGAGACGCCCUGCUGGCUCUGCCCUGCCAGCACUCCUUCUGCAAAGCAUGCUGGGAGCAGCACUGCACCGUACUGGUCAAAGACGGCAUGGGAGUAGGUGUCUCGUGCAUGGCUCAGGACUGUUCCCUGCAGAUGCCAGAAGACUUCGUCCUGCCUCUGCUGCCCGGAGAGGAGCUUAAGGACAAAUACAGACGCUACCUCUUCAGAGACUAUGUCGAGAGUCACUUCCAGUUACAGUUGUGUCCGGGUGCAGACUGUCCCAUCGUCAUCAAGGUGCAGGAGCCUCGAGCGCGCAGGGUUCAGUGCAGCCGCUGCAGUGAAGUCUUCUGUUUUAAGUGCAGACAGAUGUACCACGCUCCCACAGACUGUGCAACAAUUCGGAAAUGGCUGACCAAAUGUGCAGACGACUCAGAGACUGCAAACUACAUCAGUGCACACACUAAAGAUUGUCCUAAGUGCAAUAUCUGCAUUGAGAAGAACGGAGGGUGCAAUCACAUGCAAUGUUCCAAGUGUAAACACGAUUUCUGCUGGAUGUGUCUCGGAGACUGGAAGACUCACGGCAGUGAAUACUAUGAGUGCAGUCGCUACAAAGAAAACCCUGACAUAGUCAACCAGAGCCAGCAGGCUCAGGCCAGAGAGGCCCUCAAGAAAUACCUCUUCUACUUCGAGAGGUGGGAGAAUCACAACAAGUCUCUGCAGCUGGAGGCUCAGACGUACCAGAGGAUCCAGGAGAAGAUCCAGGAGAGAGUAAUGAACAAUCUGGGCACCUGGAUCGACUGGCAGUACCUCCAUAACGCUGCAAAGCUACUGGCCAAGUGUCGCUACACACUGCAGUACACCUACCCCUACGCCUAUUACAUGGAGUCCGGCCCGCGCAAGAAGCUGUUUGAGUACCAGCAGGCCCAGCUGGAGGCAGAAAUCGAGAAUCUGUCGUGGAAGGUGGAGCGAGCAGACAGCUAUGAGAGAGGCGUGGUGGGGGGCGAGGGGGAGCUCAGUGCCAGCGACAGAGGGGACUUGGAAAACCAGAUGCACAUUGCUGAGCAGAGGCGACGUACGCUGCUGAAGGAUUUCCACGACACCUGAAGCUCCAUCGCGACUGCAAAGCACCAGCAUCUCCCUCCCUCCUUUCUUCCUUCCUUCCUUUCUUCCUACCUACCUACCUACCUACCAGCCUUUGCUUCCUGCCAUGAUCGCCCCUCAGUGCAGUCAGAUAAAAGCCCCUUUUUGCAUCCGGACACCUGUUCAUUUGAUUCUUUUUUCGUCCUCUUUCCUUUCCUCUCUCGUCACGCUGCAGGUUCAGACACUGGGAUCGCCCCCUGUUUCUCAUUACGCUCGGCUCAUUUACACAUAUUGGCUUCAGAGCAACACAUUCACGUUGAUUACACUUGUUUCCACUUAUCAGGGCUAAUGACUCUUAAAAAAAAAAAAAAGAGUUCUGUUUUUUGGCAGUUUUACAUCAACUACACUGAUUUGUAGGCCCAUGCUGGAACCCACAGGUCUUGGACUCAUCUUGUUUGUCAGCUCCCUUGCAGUCCAAUCUGGCUUCUCAACCCACAUUCAGCAGGAGUGUUGCACUGUGACAUGAACAAAGAACAAAUUUCAGUAGCAGAUUAUGAAGACUUUAUUUUACUCUGGAAUCUGGUGAAGAUGAAGAUGGUGUGAGAAACGUGUCAGUCACAAAAACCUCAAGGUCAUUUAGAAAUGACAAGCAUAUGUGCUGUUUUCCCACAUAUGAUGCAUUAAGAUUACAUAUUGUGUUCUUUGUCGUUGUCAGUGCACCACAUAAGGUCCUAUCUUGGCCAUAUCUGGACAGUUUCCAGUCGCCACUGCCAGUAAAAGGUUGAAGUAAAACUACCGAAUCAGACUCAGAACGGAAGUUGACGUAUCUUUCAUAUGAAUUUGGUAAAUGAGAUGAAGUUCGACUGAAGAAACAAGUGUAACCUCAGACAUCAACACUACAGCUAACAUGGACGUCACACUCACACACACACACACACACACACACACAGCUGCAGAAGAUAAGUUCCAUCCGUACGUGUUUCCCCCGUCCCUACUUCGUGCUUGCUCCGUCUUUCCCUUCAUCCCACCUCAGCUUUAUUUUUGCUCUUUGUUUUCUCUUUUCUUCCUGCUCACAUUGUUCACUUUUCCUCUGGAAAAUGGCUGUUGAUAGGUAGAUAGAUCGUUUAAAAAAAAAAAAUGAAAAAGAAAAAAAAA